GACCCCGUGCAAGGAAGGCAAACAUGCCACGUACGACAGCUGAUCGAGUCUUGACCACACAUCACAAGGACACCUGUAGAGCACCUGUAUCCCGAUUUCACACACCUGUCCAGCCGCAGCUAUCAUGAGCCGGACUUUUUUAGCAAAGGAAGAAGAGUGUUGAGGAAUCCAACUCAACUAAAAUCUUGCAUGGUCUGUCUUCAUGUCUUCCAAUCCUCCAAAGGAUAUGAUUGACAAUAGCAAUAUGGUAUUAGAUAUGAGGCAGGCGGUGUUUAGCAGAACACCUCUCUCAUAUAGAGUUGGAAAUUCAACUCUUCAUGUGCAGACAAAGUUUGUAACUCUGGUAGCUGCUGUUGGACUGGUGUCUCUGUUGGUGCUGUUCAUGAUCAUGCCUACUUCCCGAGUUGGUUCUAGUAAUCUCACCAAUGAUAUAUGGGGUCAUGGUGAGGAGCAUGGCCAUGGACACCAUCAUCAGCGUAACUGGUUUACCUUCUACAACAGUACAUAUCCCUUAACACAGCCUGUCUACAGUGACAGAGGUUAUAUUAAGUACAGAAUAGCAGUAGUAACAGACUUAGACACAGACUCUAAACAUCCAACUGAGAAAAAUACAUGGAUUAGCUACUUGAAAAAGGGUCAUCUUAAAGUUAAUGUAGAGAGUGAGGAAGUUAGUGUUGAAUGGGACAAGGAAGUUAUUUCUCUCAAAUCCAACAUGGCUUAUGGAGGCAGAGGAAUGGAACUGUCAGAGCUCAUUGUUUUCAAUGGCAGGCUUUAUGCAGUGGAUGAUCGGACAGGAAUUAUUUAUGAAGUUGAUCUUCAUGAGAAUAAAGUCAUCCCUUGGGUUGUUUUAACAGAUGGCAAUGGCAGAAAUACUAAAGGAUUCAAAAGUGAAUGGGCCACAGUGAAGGAUGAGACUCUUAUAGUUGGGGGCCUUGGCAAGGAGUGGACAACUGCUCAAGGAGAACUGCUUAACCAUAAUCCUCAGUGGGUCAAGACAAUAUCCACACGAGGGUUUGUUGAACACCAUGACUGGACACGGAACUAUGAAAAAUUGAGAGAAGCCGUAGGAAUCUUUUUCCCAGGUUAUAUGAUUCAUGAGUCAUGCUCGUGGUCAGAGGGUCAUCAGCGGUGGGUUUUCUUACCGAGGCGAGCAUCAUCAACUCGGUAUGAUGAAAAGGAAGAUGAACACCGUGGCACAAAUAUCAUGUUGCAAGCUACUGAGGGAUUUGAAAAUAUUAAGGUCAGUCAUGUUGGUGAUAAGAUUGACACCCAUGGAUUCUCCAGCUUCAAAUUUAUACCUGGUACAAAGGAGACGUUAAUUGUGGCUUUGAAAUCUGAGGAAGUUGAAGGGAAGGUUGCUUCAUAUGUCAUGGCAUUCAAUAUUAAUGGGAAAGUUGUACUGCCAGAAACUAAAGUAGGAGAUUUUAAAUUUGAGGGCAUUGAGUUUGUAUAGUACCUUUAAGAUAUUCAGCAUUGUGUUAUUAAUAAAAAUUGAAUGAUGUGAUUUUCAUGCACAAUUGUGGUUGCACUUUAGGGAUUUUUUCUAAAGAUAAUUUUGGUUGUAUUUCUAAAGCUAUCAAAAGUUGUUCAGCUUCAGAUAAAAGUGUUUCAGAACUUUAUCUCUCUUUUAUGUAGUGUGUAUGCAGUGUGACUGUUAUUUAUAUAUAUGUGGAGAAACAUUGAUCUGAUGUUUACUAAACAUAGAAGUUCUUUAUGGAAAGAAAAGAUUUCCUAGUAUGAAAGACUCUUGUGUCUAUUUUCUAAUUAAUUAACUUUGCACAGGUAAAACUUAAUCUCUUAUGAAUCUGUUUACAUAUUCUUUACUGAACUGCAUUUGGAAAAAAGUCAAAUUAAAUGCUUGUCCUCCACAGAAAGAUGUUGCCCUUAGGCAGGCUUUCUGUAUAAAUAAUUGUUAUUACAGAUAUUAGUCUGUAUAACAAGGCUAAGUGUGUUGACGAUAUCUUUACCUCAGGGCAUUAUGGUAUGACUGAAGAUGUAGUGGUUGCAUAUGUCAGUUUGAGGACGUAGUAAUAACUGUGAUCUUUGUUAUUGAUUUAUGCUAUUUUGUCACUUGUGUUCAUCUUCUAUAUGCAUUAUGUAUUUUUCUUCUUUUUAAAAAAUAUUGAUAACUUCUGAAGGGUCAGUAAUUAUUUUGCUGUCAUUGACUUGUGUGCAUAUUAGUGUGUACCAAAGAAUAUAUUGUGAUAGUAUUUUUGAGACCUGUAACCAGUAUAAACCAGAAAAUAUUGUGUUAUGUCACUUCCAUGAUAAUGCUCAAAAAAUUAAUUGGAUAUAGGGGUUUCUGAAUUCCUCACCAGCAAGUUACUGUUACCAUGCAGUGGUAAUGUGAUACUAAUUUGAGUUGCUGUUUAGAUAUUAUAAAAAUUUUAUCUGCAAGAUACGGUUGUGGAAGAAGCAAUUUCAAAACAUUUGCUAACAUGGACUUGUAAAAAAAAAAUAAUUAAAUUUCAGUUAUUUGUUGAUGUUAGUUAGGUGUGAUUACAUGAUUUUAAUACAUGACACAGUUUUUUUUUUUUUUUUUUUUUUUUCAUUUCUGUUCUUUUCUUUUUUCUUUAUCAUUUAGGUUAUCCCACCUCAGGUGUUGUGGUGUGGUUGUACUUUGGUUUUAUGUGAAUUUUAAUCUUUCAAAGAUAUUUUAGUAUGACAAAGUGUGAUGGAAUAUUGUGAUGAAAUGGUUAUUCUCUGUAUUUUUAAUGAAUUGUAUAGUUUUCCCUCAUUGUGAGAUAGUUACUACACUAUCUCUGGAAGGAAAUGUGGAAGCAAUAACUGAGAAGCUCUUUUAGUUACCUAGAGUAUUUAAUGUUAGCAAAGAUUCCUGUCUAGUGUCAUUUAACAGUCUAGAAAUAAUUUACUCUGACAAAUUACUGUGACUUGUCAUUUUCUUGCAUCUUUAGAAGUUCAGUAAUAAUGUAAUUCUAUUAGAAUGUUUUCUUGCCGUUGGUUUCAAAAAGUUUUUGAGGUAACUGAAUAUACUUAUAUGCUGUUCUUGUGCAUCACCUUAAGAUCUUUUGAGAAAUAAAAUGGCAGUUGCUAUCAAAACAAUGAAUGCUUCAUGUAUGAAUGAUGUUACUUUGAAGACUGAUUACUGGUAGUGAUUUCUGACUGCUUUUUAUGUAAAAAUUAUUUGUAAAUAAUUUGAUAUUUAUUUUUUCUUAGUCUAGGAGUGUAUUGUUGGAAAAUACGGCACUGAUAACCAUAUGAUAUAUAUGGUCAUAGAGAUAACAUUAAAUAUUCAUUAUAA